UUUAAAGUCUAACUCACAUCUUCUUUAAGCGCAACACGUCCAAGCGCUAAACCAAUUGUCGCCUUUUGUUUGCGUAACCAACGCGAUGACGUCACACAUCGUGCGACAAUCCUGGAAUAUAAGCAACUCAAAAGCUGAUCAGCUGUAACGGAAACCCAAAAGGUUUUGUGUACUUAAGACCUCGGGGACAUGGGCAGGCUGGAUGACGCUGCCAAGCGCAAGGUGGUGGAAUUGCGUGAAGCAGGCCUAAGCUUCCGCAAGAUAAAAGCUGUGCUGGAGCUGGAGAACAUAAAAGUAUCCGCUCAGGCAAUCUACCUCUUCCUGAAGGAGUUUAAUGGAAGAGGCAGACAAAAUGAUGCUCCCAUGUCCGGGAACGGUGGAUCUACAACAGCUUCAGGAUCAAGGGAUACAGGGCUAGAGUCGAGACACAGUGGCUGGAGUGAGCAGCAACUAAGGAAUCUGCUUCGUGAGGCUGCCCAUGUUGCUGGCUUCUCAUCCUCUUCAGACUCCUCGGGGCAGACUGGGGUAGCUUCAGAAACCAGGGGACACUCCUCUGGGGCAAGUAUAACUAACCAGGAGCCACAGCAGGGAGACAGGAAGGACGAGGAUGUCCGAAUCAUAAGUGUAACCUCACUGGCACAGAAUACCCACCAUGAUGGUGUUCAAACAGUACGCUCUGGGUUUGGCUCAGGAGCAAUGGCUGGAACAUUUUCAAGGAGAAGGUACACACCCUCACCAGCAAACCCAGUCCUUGUGGCUCGGAAACGGCUCCUGGACAAGGCUUUGCUCCACAGAGCAAGGGUACGGGACAGUGGCCCUCAGUCUGCCCAACAAACUGUGUCAUUAGUGAGAAGAGAGCAGUCCUGUUUCCCUUAUUCAGAAGGAAGGAAGGUCAUGUUACCUCAAACAAGCUCAUUCAACCCCACUUCUACCCGACCUGUAAGGGGGCUCCACCCAGGGACCAACCUUUUUCGACAAGGAUUUCAGCAACGUGCAAAUAUACCUACCCGCUCUACAGAACAGUCACCCCGUGUUGGCAUUCGGAUUCCUGUGCCAGGUCAGUCAAGUACCGGGCCACAGAAUGCAAAUUCAUCUGUAAGGGCUCCAGCUCCGACUAAUCAUCAGCAGUCUCCUCCAAACCAGCAGAGCAACGUGGACACCGGAACACCAAGUGCACUGCAGGAACAGGUCAAGUCUCUUGCUUCUGAAGUACGCAGCCUUGGCUUGGCUCUCAGGAUGAUGGUAGAGCAGCAGGGCCGGCUGGAGAAGGAGCAGAGCCAGCAGACCCAAGUCCAAAAGCAGAUCCUCAGCACCUUGCAGAAAUUAGCAUCUAAACAGGGACCCUGUGGCUUUCAACACAAUGCAACUCCUACACUUCCCCAGUGCCCAUUGUCCUCAGCCUCCUACAGCCAGAGCACCUUCACCCCCAGCCAAGGAAGUAGUUUGUGCAGCCAAGCCCCAUCCAGGUAUAACGAAAUCAAUGGAUCCACCCUUGAGAAUAUUGAGCCAUUUUCUCUGGACACUCUCAGCACUGCAGCUAUAGAUGGCUUUCAAAACUCUGAGACUCUGUCAUUCAACCGGACACACUCACCAACAUUCACACAGGCACACACACAAACAUUCACAUCUGAGAUAGUCAGUUACACACAGCCUCACACAGACACUUAUGCAGGAAUGGACAGCAAGCCAGCAGAAAUAGCCUCACCGAACACAGACAGAUCCUUUCAGGUCUGCAGGUCUUCGAGUCAGUCUUCUACUGAAGCUAUUUCUGUUCAUGAUACCCAACUGACUAUUGUAAAAAUUGAAAAUGUUUAAAAAAAAAAUGCAGAAACUGACAUACACUGCUGUGUUUGUUCCUUGCUGAAAUUUGAUGAAUUUUAGAGUGAAUCAUUUUAUGGUACUGUAGCUUCAGCAAUAGUGGACAAGUAAUAGUAGCACAAGCUUUAAUAAUGGGCCAAUCAUCAUACCAUACAUUCACAAAAAAACAUUUAAUAUAUCAUAAAUUUUGAAUUAAUUGUUUUUAAUUCUCUAUUUAUGUGUGUUUUUAUUUAAUGAGCAAAUUACACGUUUUGUGUUUGGCAAAAUAAAACCUAACUUUUUUGACUACA